AUGCCAAACAAGUUCCCUAAAAGAGAGGAAAUAAAACUCGAACCGAUUAGUCAAACUGGGUAUAAGUUAAACCUAGAUGGAUUAAGAAACAGAGAAGAGGUCAUAGAACAUUGGAAAAAGAGUAUGAGUAGCGUGCUCAACUUAAAUACAGAAUGGACAUCAGAAAACUUUCUUAAUUACAUAGAACACAGUCUGUAUGGGUGUGUAGCUGAUUUGUAUGAUGGGUUAGAUGAAGACGUUAAAGGAUUAUUAAGAGAAUCAGAACCACCUACUACCAUGUUUAAACAAUUAUGUCAAUAUAUUGAAUCAGAGUUUAUCGGGUCUAAGGAAGAUCCUGAUGAAAAAAGGAUCGAAUGUCAAAGAAACCUAAGUAAUUUGUCUGUCUGUAAUAUGAAAUAUAUCGAAAGUUACAUUAUGGAAUUCGAACAAUAUUAUUAUAAAAUUGGUGAAAACGAAACCAACUUAGGUAUGUUCUAUGACAAAUUACCAAAUCAUAUAAAUGGAGAGAUAAGUGAAAAAUAUCAAGAAUGGGUCGAUAAACAUGGACAUAGGGAUGCACUGGGAAAAAGGAUAGCAUUUCUAGAAAAUGGAUAG